AUGGUGGACUUUUCCACCUCUCCAGGUGUAGAUGCGGUUUUGGAGAACCUCGCCGUCCUUCCUACUAUCCCGGUUGUGCCAUCCCAGGAGCGAUCCGAAUCUUUAGUCGACGAGUUGAAGCUACUGUCCCUUGAAGCAACAGCCGAACGGCAUCUAGGAUCGUCAUCGGGCCUGUCAUUUGCACGUCUCACGCAAGCAGUCCUUCGCCGUCUCUCCCCGGACAAAGCAGAGUUUGUGUUUGAUGGAGAGCCAGAAAUCGACCCUCACCCGGAGCAAAGUCUGGCCUGGUCGCCUGGAUCAAUCAUUGGGCCUUCUGGCAUCGUCGAUUUUGAUGCGUCGCUGCUAUACAAUCCGUCGCUAUUCACAGAACUUCCACUGCCGCAUCUCGCAGAACACGACGCCGUUCUCGCCGACCUGAAUUUCCCCGACCGGUCGCAUAUCAACUAUCUGAUCGAGUUUUACUUUGCUCACUCGCACACUUUAUAUCCGAUCAUCCGUCGCAAUGAGUUCCUGUCUACGUUGUGGCGCAUCUAUGCUGAUCCUACCGACCCCCUGGCUCAGUCUCCUCUAUGGCUGUUUCGCAUCUGGAUGGUCUUGGCUAUUGGGUCAACUACACACUCUUCAGUUUCUCUCGUGGAUGAAUCCGAGUCAGUGCUAUAUUAUAACAAGGCGAUGGUGUAUUUUGAGGCCGCUUUUGGAUACGGGGACAUGGCAGCGUUGGAGGUAUUGAUGCUCCAAGUUUCUUACUCGUUCUUCAACCAGAUAGGACCGAAUACCUGGUUCUUGGUGGGAGUCGCUGCGCGCAUGGCUAUCGGAAUGGGGCUGCACACUGCGACAACAUAUGAGAGUCUGCCUACCGAUAUUGCCGAGUAUCGCAAGCGAAUCCUCUUUUCAUUGUAUAUGAUGGACCGGUACGUCGAUGACGAGAACAUUCACCCCGACGGAAUCGUUCCCCACGACGGUCUCCAACCGUCAAGCAUGGCAGUGCCACUCCACAUCCUAUCUCUAAGAAAGAUCGCCAGCGACAUUGCCAACAAUGUAUACUCAACCACCAGGACAAGUCGAAUGAGCCCGGCAGAGCGUGAGGAAACCCUCCAGGCCAUCCACCGCAAGCUUGUCGACUGGCGCCGCAAUAUGCCAUUCCCCCUGCCCGAUGUACAUUCUCAGGUGCCUCACUUGAGCAGUAGCUGGUUCGACCUCAACUAUUACACGCACGUAGCGAUGCUCUACCGGCCGUCUCCCCUGUUUCCCACCCUCGACCAGUCCAAAGUAAAGGUGCUGGCCAUGGCAGCGGCAAUGUCCAUUCGCCAGGCGAUUAAUAUGCACCGUCAGCGGAGGUUUGCCUAUAACUGGCUCAACCUGUUGGGAGUGUUCACGUCGACGCUGUCCUUGAUGUAUGCGAUCACCGCUCAGCCAGAUAACUUGGCCAGUGUUCUUGGAGAAACGAAGGCGGUCGAUGAUUUGGAGCUGGCUAUUGAGCUCUUGGAUACUUUUGGUAGGAAGUUUCCUGCUGCAAAGAAGAUUCGUCGGAUGGUCCAGGAGGUCCUGAAGCGGUUUCAGGGGGUUUGCUGUGUUAGCCCAUGA